CUUCAUCGUUGUAUUUCAGAUCUUUCAUGAAAAUUGUGUCAGUUUUUCUAAAUAUAGUAAACCAGAAAUGAUUUAUAGUAACAGUUUUUUUUUAAAUCACAGUACCAGCAGAAACCUUGAAGGAACGUGACCAGAACAGAAGUAUGCUAAGCAAGAUUAUGAAGAAAUCUUUUAAUAAAAGCAACAAGGAUUCUAACUCUCAAAAAUCAAGGGACCUCUUGGAAUCCUGUAUGUCUACAAAUUGGAUAAUAAAUGGAAAACCCCCCAAAUUCCCAUGUUCUGAUUGUGGGAAAUGUUUUAGCUGUCACUCAAGUCUAGUUAUACAUCAGAGAACUCACAUAAGAGAGACACAUUUUUCAUGCCCUAAAUGUGAGAAAUGUUUUAGCCAACACUCUCACCUUGUUGUCCAUCAGAGAAUUCACACUGGGGGAAAACCUUUUUCAUGCCCAGAAUGUGGGAAAUGUUUUGUCAGUAAACCAGUUUUGAAGAGACAUCAGAGAACUCACACAGGAGAAAAACCUUUCUCAUGUAAUGAAUGUGGGAAAUGUUUUCUUAGUAAAUCAGACCUUAUCAUACAUCAGAGAACUCACACAGGAGAAAAACCUUUUUCAUGUCCUGAAUGUGGGAAAUGUUUUAGCCGGAACUCACAUCUUGUUGGUCACCAGAGAACUCACACAGGAGAGAAACCUUUCUCGUGUAGUGAGUGUAGGAAAUGUUUUCUCAGUAAAUCAGCUCUUAAUAGACAUCAUUUAACUCACACAGGAGAAAAACCUUUUUCAUGUUCUGAAUGUGGGAAAUGUUUUAGCCGGGACUCACAUCUUGUUAGUCACCAAAGAACUCACACAGGAGAAAAACCUUUUUCAUGUCCUGAAUGUGGGAAAUGUUUUAGCCAGAACUCACAUCUUGUUGGUCACCAGAGAACUCACACAGGAGAGAAACCUUUCUCGUGUAGUGAGUGUGGGAAAUGUUUUACUUGUCACUCAAGUCUUGUUGUUCAUCAGAGAACUCACACAGGAGAGAAACCUUUUUCAUGUCCUGAAUGUGGGAAAUGUUUUAGCCGGGACACUCAUCUUGUUAGUCACCAAAGAACUCACACAGGAGAAAAACCUUUUUCAUGCAAUGAAUGUGGGAAAUGUUUUAGCCAGUACUUUAUUCUUGUUAGUCACCAAAGAACUCACACAGGAGAAAAACCUUUUCCAUGUCCUGAAUGUGGGAAAUGUUUUAGCUGGAAGUCACAUCUUGUUAAUCACCAAAGAACUCACACAGGAGAAAAACCUUUUUCAUGUCCUGAAUGUGGGAAAUGUUUUAGGCGGGACACUCAUCUUGUUAGUCACCAAAGAACUCACACAGGAGAGAAACCUUUUUCGUGUCCUGAAUGUGGGAAAUGUUUUAGCUGGAACUCACAGCUUGUUAGUCACCAAAGAACUCACACCGGAGAAAAACCUUUUUCAUGUCCUGAAUGUGGGAAACGUUUUAGCCAUCAUGGAAGUCUUAUUAAACAUCAGAGAUUUCACACUGAAUAGAAAUGUUGUGUUCUGAAUGUGAACACUGUUGUAGUUGCUUUUAAGCUUUUAUGAGAUAUUGAUGGAUUAAAUAUCUUGUAUUUUGAUAUUAGAUAUAAUCUAAUUUAGCAAAUUGCGGUUUAUAUAAAUAUUGGUUUUACAUUCGGUAACAUCUUGGUGUGGAAAUGUUAAUUUUGGACUCCAUGACCAAUUCUUCUAUCUUAUUUUUAUAGUCCCUCUGAACUUUUUUGUUAAUGCUUUUACGUAUUAUACUCUUAAUCGUAUAGCUUCCUGGUAGAGACACAAUUUAAUAACCAUUUGCUCUUCUAUAAACAGGUUGUUGGAAAGAUAGGGAUAUACUUAUCAUUUACCUUAUCAAGUGCAAUCAAAAUGUUUCAAAUAGGUCUAUUAGAUACUUUAAUAUCUUGAUAUUUAAGGUUCAUAGAUUCAAGAUCUUAAUCCGUACAGUAUAUGUUGGCUAUCCAUGACCAUGAUUGUAUGUCUUGUAUAUGUAGUAUGUUGUAUUUGGUUUGAUAUGAAAUUUUGUCACAUGAUGUUUUCAAUAUUCUCUUUCAAUGUUGAGAAAUUUGCAUACCAAAUUUUUGUUGGAAUGAGAGUAUUGAAUUCUAAU